AUCGUUCAAAGUGAACUGAUCAACACAGCCGCUGUGUUGAUCUACAACCCCCCAUUCAAAUGGUACAGCAGCGACGACGACAACGACGACCACGAACGCGCCGGAACCGCCACGACUACGACUACGACGAAUCACGAUGCGCCAUCGUUUCGCCGGACGAAGGUUCUUACCAGUGGCCGAGCGCAGUUGGUAGGAACGAAGAGGUACGCCGGGAGCGGCACAUGAAGAUCGACUGCGCCAGCAAGCGCAAGACAAGAGCAGACAGCCUGCACACCAAAGUUCAGCACUGUGGCAAGCGAGAGUCACGGUUUGAAGGACAUUGUGCCGAUUUCGAAUGCUGUGCCACGGUUGGAAACGCAGCACGCUAGCAUGUAAAAAUUGUUAAACUAACUACAAACUCGCUCCAAAAAAAGCACAGCACAAGGGACAAUAGUAUUUAUUCUUAUGACAAAUAAGAACGAACCAAGCGAAAAAAAACCUUCUCAUUUACCCCACAAAUCUUCCGGCGGCUGCAUUCAAGCAUAUAUGCGCGUUGAUAACGAUUUAAUGGUUUCAAGUUUCGACAUUCUCGAGCGGAAUGUUUUUCGAGGAUUUUUACCUUUUUUUGCCCCCCAGUACAGUUUGGAAAACACUGGUUGGUGUUUUUUAUUUGCUGCGUUCGGAUUCAACGGCGACCUUUUCAGAAACCUUCGCCUAUCAUCACCACGCCAGUACCAUCCGCAGCAAUAUUUACCACACAAAACCCCUACGUACGCGUACACAGCUACGGAUCAAUCGUCCAAUUAGCGGAGGCACCGUGGAGCAAGCAUCUUUUCCAAUUGGUUGUUCACAGGCCGGGCAGACCAUUAAGAUUGUGAAGACCAGUGGGCCGAAGGGUGGACCGAAGAAGAAUAAGGAUUCUUUGCGUAUCAAUGGGGAUUUUUUUUUUUUUGAGUUAUUCUUUACAGCAUGAACCGGAGUGAACUAUUUUAAGCGAAAUGAUUGUGGACGUUUCUGAGCUUUUUUUUCUACGCGUUUCCUUAUAUAUUUAUAGGAAAUAUAUCCCAAUACGAUCACUGCUAUGCCCUUUACCAUCUUCCGUUAUGCUUUAAAACCUCUCGCAAAUCAAUUACAAUUGUCUAAGUACUGUUUAGAUAACGCACACGCACGCAUGAUCGAUGCACGAAUGAAUGAACGAUCUUCGCAAUAUCAAACAAUACACAGUUGCUGAUUUGCCCCAACUCUUUGACAGUUGAGCAGACGUGUAUUGGUUUUUGAUAAUACGCCAGCUGAUAGCAGCAACAGUAGCAGUGUGGCAGGUGUGAUAAGCUAUCGGUUGCAUAAUUUCGUGCGCCUCCCGAAGCCCUCCCCCAUCCCCCCCCCUCGGUCAUAUGAUAAGCUUCAAAUGUUGAACUUGAACCACAUAGGCGCCGCUUUACUACUGCCCACUUUGAUAAGUUGUCCGUACGCGGGCCCGCGAUCGCUCCGGCAAGUGAUCGAGUUUGACAGAUCGAUAACAAAACGGGCGCGGUGCCAACCGGCUGGCUGGCAAUUUUCCGGACCACUGGCAACGCGGGACGCUCGGGAAUCGUCACGUCACCGAACAGCUGUGCUGAUACCGCCAACCGUGUGGUCCUGCCCGGUCUGAUACCGCCGGGUUUUUGCCCUAUCGGUGGGGCAGCCCGGCCGGUGCAUCUGCCAGCACCGCGAGCGAGCGAGCGUCACCAAACGAAGGCAAACGCCGGUGCCGGCCGCCGAUGAUACCCGAUGGCUGAUUAGUAGCCGGCGGGCGUACGUAUGUGUUUGUGUGCGGUGGCAUGGGGACGUGCGAAAGGGAAAACGCGUCCGCGUGCACUGAUAAGAUAAAAUUUUAAUUUACAAACUAAUUUGAUAGUACCGCUGCUGCUCAAUUCAACCAGCUAUCAACAGGGCCAGUUUUGUUGGCGGUAGUCUCUUGUGCAGUUCAGUCUUGUGCCGUUCGCAGAAACGGCAGGAUCUGGGGAGCCGAGCUAGAAAGGGAUCACACUCCAGU